AUGGGUUUUCAUCGAAGAAACCUCUUCAUUCCUGUUCUGUUCAUCAUAUUGCUGAUCGGAACCUCGACAAUCAUAUUGCUGAUCGGAACCUCGGCAAUUUCUCAAGUGGCCGCAUCCGACGAGCAAGAGGAUCCGUUCAACGCUUCUCGAGUCUUCAAGGAAUGGAUGGUGAAGCACAAGCGCGUCUACAAGAGCAAGGAAGAGAAAGAAAAGCGUUUUGCCAUAUUCAAAACCGCGUUCAAGGGUUGGAAGAGGAGCCUUCACAAGUUUUCUGAUAUGACCCCGGACGAAAUCCCCAUGGAUUGCCGCCAUAACCCUGAUCUUCUUAAAAUGCCCCCUGUUGUCAGAUAUGAUUAUCAAGAGGAUCCGUUCAACGCUUCUCAAGUCUUCGAGGAAUGGAUGAUGAAGUACAAGCGCGUCUACAAGAGCAUGGAAGAGAAAGAAAAGCGUUUUGCCAUAUUCAAAACCGCGUUCAAGGGUUUGAAGAGGAGGCACAACUAG